AUGCCUUCAAUCGUAGCUGCUAUUGAAAUGGGUGGUACAGGAUGUAAAGUAGCAAUAAGUGAUGAUAAUGGACAAUUUACUGAACAAUAUUCAUUCCAAGUUGUCACAACAACACCAGAAAAUACUUUAGGUGAAAUACAUGAUUGGUUAGCAUUAAAAAAAUCUGAAAGACCCUUUCUUGCAAUUGGUAUUGCAUGUUUUGGACCUAUUGAUUUAGAUAAAAAAAGUAAAACUUAUGGAUAUAUUACAACAACGCCAAAACCAGGAUGGCAAUAUGUUAAUGUAGUUGGUGCUUUUCAUGAUCUAAAUGUUCCGAUUGCUUUUGAAACAGAUGUUAAUGCACCAGCAAUGACUGAAGCGGCCCUUCGAGGUGAUACAUCAGCAGCUUAUAUUACUGUUGGAACAGGCGUUGGUGUUGGUCUCGCUAUUGAAGGUCGACCAAUUCAUGGUUUAUUGCAUCCUGAAGGUGCUCAUAUUAAACCCGAACAUAUAUCUGGUGAUGAUUAUCCUGGUUGUUGUCCAUAUCAUAAUUCAUGUAUUGAAGGUAUGUCAUGUGCUAAAGCAGUUGCUGAUCGUCUAAGUAUUUUACCAAGUCAACUCAAUACAAUUCCUGAUGAUCAUCCUGUAUGGAAUAUUCACGCAUAUUACAUAGCACAAUUAUGUGCAUCAAUUAUUUAUCUUACAUCAAUUCAACGUAUUAUUAUUGGUGGAGGUUUAAUGAAACGACAAAUUCUUUUUAAACAUAUAAGAAAACAUGUUCAACAAAUAUUAAAUGGUUAUAUGGAUCUUCCAGCAAUUACACAAAAUAUUGAUGAAUAUAUUUGUCCAUCACAACUUGGUGAUCUUAUUGGUAUUCAAUCAGCUUUUGAUUUAGCACAAACAGUUAUACAAAAGUGA